UCCAAGAGAUGGAAGAACAACAUUGGGUUGAAGCAUUAUUUCCUCCACAUUUCAAUGUGCAAGAUAUUAUUGGGAAGGGUGUUACUUCGGAGCUGGUACUCGUUUCUGAAAACUUCGCAGUCAGGAGAGUCAAAAGAAUUAAAACCAUUUAUCAGCAGAAAAUUGAGAAUUUUCAACAAGAGCAGAAAUUUAAAAGAAAAGCUUACAGUUCAGGAUGGACUGCAUCAGUAACAGAUACUCAAACUCCCAUUGAAGACCUGAAAUUACAGAUCUGUGGAAACAGUCAUGCUGGCAUGUUUAAAUCAGACAAAUCAGAUAGAAAUGCUGAGAAUAUUAUUGAUGGAAUGGAAGAGCAGUGUAUCUGGAACACUGAGGAACUAACAACUUUACAUGAAAUGAAGUGUAGAAAAGACACUAAGCAACAACAUUUAAAAGCACAGCUGGCACUUGUGCAUUUUCAGGCAGAAGAGCUGAAGGCACGCAACAAGAAAUUAACUGUCUGCCUGGAAAUCAAAGAGACCGAACUUCAUAAGACUAAACUAGAUUUACAGAACAAUGCCUUAUACCUAAGACAAACCAUGCAAGAAAGUGUUAAAAAGGAUUUGCAAAUUCGAGGUCUUAAAGAAGAUUUACAAGAAAAGAUAGUGACCAUGCAUAACCUGAGCUCCCAACUGCAAUGGAACAGGCUGGAGACACAGGAUCACCACCUUGAAAAGGAGAAACUCAUCUCCAAUUGGAAACAGGUGGAACUGGAGCAUCAGUUGGAAAAGGUCUGUUUGCUGGAAAGGUGGAAAGAAAAGUCAAGCUUAGAACUGAAGAAACGACAAACAGAACUGGACACAGUAAAGACUGAACUGAAAAAGGAGAGAUGUCAACAUGCUCAAAAUAAGCAAGCUCUGGAAUUGUUGCGCAAGCAUUGCUCUAGUUUACCAUCGUUGGACCUAGCUCAAAACUUUAAAGUUGACUUUUUAAAUAAGUGAUAUCAUCUGUUAUUUUUUAUUUAAUGCUUUCAGUUACUGAAUAUAAACUAAAAUUAAACUUUUGAAGAGAUCUUCAAUCAGUUACUGCUUAAAAUAGCUACUGCCAUUAAAUCAUUAAAUAUUACAGGAUAGGUCAGUGGGGAGGGAACCAUGUGGCCGACCACUUCAACUCCCCCUCCCAUUCUGCCAAGGCGAUGCAAGU